UUGGUGUAGGGGCGAAAAACAAAUGUGCUCACUUGCAGACGAUGGGCGGCAAGGGCAGGGGCCAGAGGGGAUUCCUCCCUCAUCCAUCACUUCUCCUUUCCAUCCCAUGUGAGAAAAACUCAUCUCCUACUUCCACCGCCCUUUUCCUCCUAUCAGAUUGCAAGGUUUGGAGACACAUCAGCUGUCCAUUUCCUCCAUCUCACGCUCUUGGAUCAACUUGCAGGCCGCAGGGAAUCUAGGGCGUGUAGGUAGGCGGCAGAUCGAGGGUGAGGAACAGUUGAGAUUGAGAGAAGGUAAUGUUGGAGUUAAUCCCGAUUUUGAAGCUAAUUGUUUUGAAUGAGUCCUAGUUAGUGGAGUUUAUGUGUCCUACUAUUGUGGUUGCUGAUAACCACGUUUCCUUAUCUUUAAGUUUCAGUUUGUAGUGGCUAGAAAAUAGGAGUUUAUGCUUUAUUAGCCUAUUAUAAAUAGGCAGUUGUUAUUCAGUUUAAAAUGUAAUUAUCUUCAUCUAUUUCCAGCAAUACAAGUGCCUCUUUCUUCCUCUGUUCUGCUCUGUUUUUUGGUUGUUUUGCUUUUAUCUCCUCUGCUACUUCA